AUGGAGGGCUCCGGUGCUGGCAGCAGCGCGCCGAGGGGAUCCCAGCAGCAGCAGCAGUCUGGGCAUCAGUCAAGAUCGGCAGGAGGACAGUCUGCCAUGAGGUCGGCUUCCAGAAACUCCGGCCGGGCGAACUUGAAGCGGCAUGAAGGACAAGCGCAGCCCAACUACUUCCUUGCUAAGCCUGGCGAUGCGAAGAGGCAGAUCCAGUACAGAGAGAAUCCCUUCCUCCUGCGCGGUCCCAACAUGGGCAAGACAUGCCUGUCGUUCGGCUACCCCCGGGGGGGGAUGGCAGAUCGAGCAUGUGACUUCCACUGGAAGGAGGACGAUCGAGACACAGCCAACGGCAGGUGUAAGUUCAACCAUGACUGUCGGUUUGGAGGGGGCGCUCAGCAUACAGGCAAAGAGAUAGCGGCGGAGUUUCUUGUUGCUACUGACGUGCAGCUAGACCCAAAACCGAAGCGCAUCUGGGAUCGGAUGGACUCGUUGGGUCGAGCUGUCGUGCAGGCCAAGGAACCCAACGUCAUGCAGCAGCUUGUUGAGCCGUUCAAGGGAGCUGGGGGGGCCAAGACUCCGGGCUGGAGCCCAGCGGUGGAGAUGAACCUGGGGCACGGACAUGGAGCCAACGCCUUCCAGCAGCAUCGGGGGCCGCUAGGAAGGAAUCCUCUAGGACAAGCUGGGAAAAGAUAUCCGUUCACACAGGCAAGGCAGAACAUGGUGGAAAGUCUAUGGCGGGCUGUGGUUGGAGGGUCUGACCGGUCCGAGUGUUCGCUCCACUUGCUCCUUACUAGCUUCAAUCCCCGCUCUAUCCAUGAAGUAGUAGCAAGGCAACUGACCCCAAAGCAAGCUGAAGCAAGAUUCGUCAUGGCCCUCAUCAAGCCACGAGCGCUAUCCAGCACAUCCCAGUCGGACAUGAGACCCGCAACAGUAGGCUACGAGUCUACAGAAAACAGGAGAGGAAACUGGCCAUUCGCUCUUGACGGUUUUGAGCAGCCUGACGAUGAAAUAGUGAAGGAAGCUGAUUCGAUCAAGCAGUCGUCUCCCAAUGUGACCAAAGAGGAUUUCAAGGGGUUCUGGGAGCGUGCGAGUGAUGUUGUGAGCGAUGAUGGAUUCUUUGCUUUACUGCUCCACAACUGCUUUCGAUGA